UUUAAUCCAACUAUUUGAAAAAAAAUGUUUUUUUUUGAAAUUUUGAAUGUAAAGUUCAGUGGCAAUAAGCGUUAACCAAAAGUAAAAGAUCAAUAAACUAGUCUGCGUUUUUGUUUUAUUUUUGGCAAUACCAUCUUGCCAUCAUUUGCCGACCACUGCUGGCCAAGAAGAGAUCCAACCAAAAACAAUCCCAAAGAUACGCAUUCACAAUGUCGAUCAAUGAUGUUUUAAGGUCAAACUGACCUCAACACAUAUUCUGUGCGAUACCAACAACCAAAACAAAAGUAGAAGAGAGCGAGAGCUAAAGAGAGUCGGGCUCACAAGUGAACGCAUGCGCCCCUCACAUCUGUCUGCAAUUCAAGUUGAAAGCGAAAAUAAACAACGACCCUCUUGUGUGUCAAGAGUGUUUCGGAAAAGAAACAAAUUUUUGAAUACAUAGACAAUCGAUUUAGGAAAGUGCCCCAGCAACUAUGAAAGUGCAGCGAUGCCACAGCUUGUUGCAAGCAACAUGUUGUCUACUUAUACCAUUGCUUAUUUCUAUAGCUGCCACUUAUGCAACAUCUCCACCUCAAGCGGAAGUAAGUGAUUCGCAAACCAUUGCCCCAAGAGCAGGUAAAUUUGGGGAAAAAAUUGUACAAAAUGAAAUAUUUCUGUCCACACCAAUUACUCCACUAAAGACAGUGGAUAGAGGCACAACAACGCUGAGGCAAGAUAGAGAUGAAAGUAAAAGGGAGAGCACUAGCCCAGUUAGAGUAACCCAUUCCACUGAGGUGAACACUCAAAUGCCAAGGCGUUCAUCUGCCCAACGUAACCCACAGCCGCAGACAUCGCCUAGAAUAGAUUAUUUCCUGCCUACACCUUUGACACAGAGUAAACAAGAAUAUAUAACCUUACCCACACAUCCUCCUCCUUCCGAGAACACUGUAUCUCAUAUCUCGCGGCGUCAUAAUGCCGCAAGUUCAGAUCACAAUCUUGUGCAACAAUAUGAUAUACCUGCAGUGCAUAAAACCCAUCAAGUCAAACCACAAAAGCCAAUAACCCCAGCUGGAGUGGGUCAACAACAGGCGACAUCAUCAUUGCCACCCCCUUCCCAGGCAACAAAUUCAAAUCGAUCACGUAUUUCCCACACUAAAAAAGAAAACAAUGCGCAGGCGCCUAGUAGUUCACAGGCCACAGCUGGUGAGCGACAACGUCAACAGCAACAGCAACAAAGACAAACGACAGCGGCAAUUGCGACAACAAGACGUAUCGAAGCGUCACGUACAAAUUCCCAACAUUCAACAUUGCAGUCACCUCCAACACCCGCAUCGCGUAAUGCAAAUCGCAACAGCUCCGCAAGAAGCCGCAGCAUUGCAAAUAAACCCACAAGAAAUCAUCAGCAAAACUCUUUGCCUAGACCAUCAGCAACGGCUCCCGGUCAAUAUAGUCCCAUGAAAAUAGUGCCUUCGCCACCAUCAUCCAAUGGCCAACAAAUAAGGCCGAAAAGUACUUCAGUAAAUCAGCAUAGCAACCGCACUAACUCUAGGAAAUCAUCAAAGAGUGUUGCAACUACCACAACUCCCAGACCUUUGUUCUCUCUGCCCAACGAGUACAAUAUAUUCUCACCGGCAUUUUGGAGCUUCCUAAAUCCCACAUUCCGAAAUCGUACACCUCCCGAACCCAAAACCACCACCACACCAGUCAUAACCACCACAAAGAAACCACCCAAAAAAUACAAUCCAACCCAACAAGUAACCCUUAGAAAAGAGGAAAAACUCACUUAUUCCAAAACUAAACCGACACAGAAUCCCACCACCACCACCACCACUACAACGACAACAUCAACCACUCCCAUCCCUGAACCCAUAUAUGCAACACCUCCAAAACGCAAAGACGAGGGACCCUUUCGCAUAGCAUUGCCUACUUUCAAUAUCUUGAACUCGCGCAGAGAGACUAGCUCUCCGGCUGAAAAGGAUAAACGUGAUGCCGAGGAUGACAAUGAUCCAGAUUUGCGCGCCAAAUACAAUUGUCCUCGCGAAAGUGAGGUACGCUUUCAAUUGUUUCCAAAAAUAUGCACGAUCGACGAAGACUGUAAGGUCUGGAAUCGUGGCGAGAUAUGCUGUGAUAUCUUCGGGGCCAAGAGUUGUGUCUCUGGCAUACCCAAGCCCCUGGAAGAGACAUCGCAUUCACCAAUACUCGGUCUGAUACCUCGCAAGUGUCCGGGUAGGCCAUUGGCCGAAUUAUGGUGGGAGGUGAAGGAGUGUGAAACAGAUAUGGAUUGUUGGCCACGUGUGUGUUGUCCAGAUGGUAGAAGGCGGUAUUGUCGCACCUCGCAACCGGAAUUGGAUACAAUACCGGUGCCGGUACAAAGGUCAUUCAAUUAUUUGACCGAAUAUUUAGAAUGUACCGCGCCACCACCGCCCAUUUUCGACUUACAUCCAAAAACGUGUUCUUCUACCCUGGACUGUUUUCCCAAUGUCUGUUGUCAAGAGGCUGGACUACGUCACUGUAGGCCACCAAAAAAAUCUGUUCUCACCAUGUUGGCCAAUGUCUUUAAUGUAGAUUUAGUUAAGCGUUUAACACAAAAUAUUGUCAUUAAAUAAUCACUGAACACAGAACUUUAUUAUAAUCUACUAAAAAAAUAAUCACAAUCUCAUUGAACGUUACAUGUGGAAAGACCCAUAAGGGUGUGUGUUAAUCUGAAUUAUUCUCUACAUUGAUAUUAAAUUAUAUAACCAUGUGAUGUUGUUGAUAUUACUGCUAACUAAUCGAUAUUUAAACAUUUUGUGUAUAUAUUUAUUA